AUGUCGCUUCAAAACAUCUCGAAGUCCGCAGUCCGCGUAGGCAAGAACUACAUCAAGGGUUACUCAGAUGUACAGGUCAAAGUUCGUGAUGCCACAUCCAACGACCCUUGGGGCCCCAGUGGCACCCAGAUGAACGAACUUGCGCAGCUCUCUUACAACCAAAAUGAAUUCAUUGAAAUGAUGGAGAUCCUCGAUAAGCGUCUCAACGACAAGGGUAAGAACUGGAGGCACGUCUUCAAGUCGCUCACCCUCUUAGACUAUCUGCUGCACGCCGGCUCCGAAAACGUGGUCAUCUACUUCCGCGACAAUAUCUACAUCGUCAAGACGCUCAAGGAGUUCCAAUACAUCGACGAGAACGGCAAGGACCAAGGUGCCAAUGUACGACAAAAGGCCAAGGACAUCACCAACCUCCUCCAGGACGAGGCUCGUCUGCGCGAUGAACGUCGUUCACGUUCGCAUAUGCGCGAUCGCAUGUCCAACGGCCCAGACGACGAUGAGGACGAGAGGAGAAUGAAACGCGCAGAACAGGACAGAAACCGUCGUCGUCCCAACAACAAUGAGGACGACGAGCUGCGACGUGCCAUCGAAGAGUCAAAGCGUAUGGCGCAGCAGGAACAGGAUCGCAUCCGCGCCGAAGCAAAGGACGAGGACGAGCUGCAGCGUGCGCUCGCCCUCUCCAAGAAGGAGGAAGAAGAGAGAAUCAAGGCGCUCGAGGAGGCCAACAAGAAUGCGCUCUUUGACGACUCGAUCAACCUGGACGGUAACAACGCGUAUACCCAGAACCAGCAGGUUGAUUUUUUUGGCAACCCGCUCGUCGACACUUCGGGAUCGCAGAACUACGGCCUCCAGCCGCAAUACACGUCGUUUAACCCGUACCUGCAGAUGCAAGCCACAGGAUAUAAUCCUUUUCUUCAAAAUCAGCUACAGCAGCAGGAGCUCAUGCAGCAGCAGUACAUGCAACAGCAGCAAGCCGAGUACCAGCGUCAGCUCGAGCUGCAACAGGCAGCGGUGCAGUACCAAAAUAUGAUGACGCAACAGCAGCAGCCGCUCCAACCUCAGCAGACUUCAUUUGGAUCCAACAACCCAUGGCUUCAGUCGGGUCAGCAACAACAUCAGCCUCAGCAGCAACAGCACAACGUACCCGUGGGAGAUCUCUUCUCCUCUGAACCUACGCCUACACCUGCGCAAGCUGCGCCACAGCCGGCAGCGCAACCAUCGGCUCAACCACAACAGAACCGACCGGUGCGCGCCAAGGUCAACGACGAUGGCAAGUACAACGAGCUGAACCGCUUGCUUGCACUGGGCGAUGGUGUCGACACGUUUGGCAACACGGGUGAUAUGAGGAUGGGCCCCAACAUGGCUCAGUACAACCAGAUGCGCGCACAAAAGACUGGCAUGAAUUUCAACGCCAACACCAACAAUGGUGGUGCCAGUCAGCAGGGCGGUGCAGGUGGCGAUAACAACCCUUUCUUCAAAGUGUGA